AUGGCAACGAAACAGCGUAAAAGUGUGCAGAAAAAAACACGCCGCAAAGUUCAACGCGGUGUAGUGCAUAUUUUAGCAACAUUUAACAAUACUUUAGUGACCAUUAGUGAUCGUUCGGGUCUUGUCAUUGCUUCAUCUUCGGCUGGAGCAUGCGGUUUCCGUGGUGCACGUAAAGGAACGCCUUUUGCAGCACAAACAGCUUCAGAAGAAGCGGUACGUAAAGCAAUGGAUUAUGGUCUUAAAUAUGUUGAAGUAAUGGUUAAAGGUCCCGGAGCUGGUCGUGAAAUGGCUAUCCGUGCUCUUCAACAACUUGGGUUAGGGGUAACUUUAAUUCGAGACGUGACACCAUUACCUCACAACGGAUGUCGUCCUCCGAAAAAACGUCGUAUUUAA